UUUCUCUUCUCCUUACUUAUAGUUCCCACCAACCCAAUCCACACACUAAACCAAACUAAACCAAUCAGUUUUUAUAUUUCACAACUCUCUCUCUCUCUCUUCCUAAGCCAUUACUACUACUACUACUCAUUUUUGGUUUCUAAUUCACUUGAUCGUACGUAAUAUAUAUAGUGAGAAUUAAAUGAUAGAGAUCUCCAUAUAUUCUAUAUAGUACUACUCAUACAUAUAUUGACUCACUAGAACUUCUUUUCGUUCUUCUUGCUAUAUCUCUUCUUGAAUCAUAUAAAUAUAUACACACACUACAUGGGCUUUACUUCUGUACAAGUUUGCAUGGAUUUGUCAUCUGAUUGGCUACAGGGCACUAUUCACGAGGACUCGUCAGGAAUAGAUUCUUCUUCUCCAUCAAACGACAACAUUCUCACAUACUCGAAGCCCACAAUAAUGGAACAACAACAACAACAACAACAACAACAACAAAGGCUCAGACCCCCAAACGACAAUGCCCUCGUCAAGUGUCCAAGAUGUGAGUCCACACACACCAAGUUUUGUUACUACAACAACUACAGUCUCACUCAGCCCAGGUACUUCUGCAAGACUUGUCGUAGGUACUGGACCAAAGGUGGGACCCUCCGUAACAUUCCUGUUGGCGGUGGUUGUCGUAAGAACAAGAAACCCGCGCCCAAGAAGACAAACGACAACAAUUCGGCUGUCGUUUUAAUCAACACUAAGAAUAAUCAUAACAAUGGUGGUGGUGAUGAUAUUGGAGGGAGUACCAGUACCACUGAUCUUAAGCUCUCGUUUCCUGACCAGGUUCAGUUUUCUCACCUCAGUAACCUUCUGGGCACUCAUGGGCCAGGCCCAAAUAGCUUUUUCGAAAGCCCUAGGCCCAUUGAUUUUGGCAUGGUUGGGAUAGGACUUGGUAACAUAAGUAACUCUUCAUCACAUCAUCAUGGAAUUAUUGAACCAAAUAAUUUUCAUGGCUUGUGCUCUCCAUUUGGAAUGUCCUUAGAUGGGACUGGUACUGGGACCUUUAUGGACACGUGUCAAAGGAUAAUGAUGUCGUAUGAAGGAAAUGAUGAUGACCAGAAAUAUGGGAUUGAUGUAAAGCCAAAUGCAAAGCUCUUGGCCCUUGAUUGGCAAGACCACGGUGGUUGUACGGACGCUGGGAAAGACUCGUUUGGGUACCUUAAUAGUUUAGGCUUGAUGAACAAUUAUGGUCCCCCCACAAUGAAUCCAUUAGUUUAAUCUUUUCUUUUAAUUAGUGCUUAAGGUUAAUUAAUGGUGUGUGAUAAGUGACUUAAUUAUGAUAUGCUUUAGACUAGCUAGGUUAUCCCAAUUAUAAAUAUAUAUAUGUAUGGAUCUCCCAUAUUGACAGUUCUUUCUUUCGUUUAUCUUUACUUGGGUUCUUUUUAUGUAAUGAUCAUCAUAUGAUCUCUUUAUUGCUUUUUAUUGUCUUGACUUAUUAUAAAUAUCAACAUAUAUAUAUA